AUGGUACCUCAUGAUGCUAGACGCUUACCCGAAAAUGACGAUGAUUUAGACAUCUUCACUCUGGCAGAUUACGAAGACCCAUUGCUACCUAAAAACGAACGUUUCAAUGAAAGCCAAUCACAUCAACCACUAUCAUCUGCUGCACAACAACAACGGACGGACGCUGCCAACAGUACAUCCAGACUAUUCGGCGAUGAUUUAGAGAUCAAACCUGAAAUCGAUACGGGCACAGUAUCUGAAUCUUGCUUUUCAUUUAAAAAACUGUGGAAAUACACUGGACCAGGCUGGCUCAUGUCAAUUGCUUAUCUUGAUCCAGGCAACCUUGAAUCUGAUUUACAAACGGGUGCAGUCGCUGGGUACAGCUUAUUGUGGUUAUUGUUCUGGUCGCAUGUCAUUGGGCUGAUAUUUCAACUGCUAUCCGCUCGACUAGGCACAAUUACAGGAAAGCAUCUUGCUCAACUGAUACGACAGAGUUACUCGAAAAAGCUUACGCUUGUAUUAUGGGGAUUUGCACAACUGGCUAUUAUUGGAGCUGACAUUCUGGAGAUUGUGGGCACAGCAGUUGCAUUGCACAUUUUGCUUCGACUUCCCUUGUGGGCGGGUGUGUUGAUGACAGCAACAGACACAUUCACAUUCAUGAUGAUUCAGCGCUACGGUAUUCGACGAUUAGAAGCAUUUUUUAUGGUCCUUAUCACUAUGAUGGCCGUGUGUUUUUGGGUAGAAUUAGUGCAAUCUCAACCUGAUGUCCGCAAAAUCAUUCAGGGUGUGAUUGUGCCUUAUGUGCCCAAGAAUGCGGAAUUACAAGCUGUGGCUAUGCUCGGUGCCAUUGUCAUGCCUCACAAUAUGUUCUUGCACAGUGCUCUUGUCAUGUCGCGUGAUUUAGGCAGACAACCGUCGAUUCGAAAGUUAAAGGAAGCCAACUUUUACUUUGCCAUUGAAUCCAUAUUGGCAUUAAGUGUUUCCUUUUUCGUCAAUCUAGCUAUUGUUGUUGUGUUUGCACAAGUCUUUUUCAAGCCAGACCACACAGGGCCCGUCAAAAUCCCAGGCUUAGACGAUGCAGACAAAGUGCUGAGUGGCACAUUGGGAUCUGCUGCCAAGUAUUUAUGGGCUGCUGGAUUACUCGCAGCUGGUCAAAGCUCUACCAUGACUGGUACAUUAGCUGGACAAUAUGUAACAGAAGGGUUCUUUGGUAAUAUCUUUAAAAAGGACUGGCAUCGUGUUGCUGCCACUCGCAGUAUUUCAUUGAUCCCUGGUAUGUUGGUGGCUAUUUUCGCAGUGGAUCAUUUUGAUACUAUGGGCGAGUUGUUGAAUGUGCUUCAAAGUGUUUGUUUACCCACUGUGCUGAUUCCAAUCAUCAAACUAUCGACAUCGCCACACGUAUUAUCCAAGGAAUUUCGACCCUCCUUGUUUAUGCAAAUCACAUGCUGGGGAUUAACGCUUGUAGUGAUUGCAUUUGAUAUCUUUUUAUUCAUCAUUCAUGCGACCAACCUCACCUCAGCAAUCAUUAUUGGCAUUACAGGCGUGAUUUAUCUGAUAUUUCUUGUGUAUCUCGUGUGGAAGCCAUUAGAGACACCCAGAUUAUCUGCAACGGAAGACGGCUGGAUGAGCUUACCGCAAAACGAAAACGAUGUGGAUGGCUCCUUCACCAGCGAUGAACCUGAAAGCAGCAAUAGAAGAAACAACAAAUAUGACGACGAUGCAGAGGAAAUCUAUGCUCUUUGA